AAUUUUCUGAAGUAGACGAUUUAUGGUUUAGAUCUAUAGAAACUGAAAUUGAUAACAAACUAGAAAAUAAACUAGAAUAUGAUGAUUUAAAUAACUGUGAAUCCGAUGAUAAUGAACCUAAAAUAGUAGAUUUACUUGCUGAUGGUAAAGAUGUUGAUAUAACUGAUGAGAAUAUAAAACUUCUCAAUAUUAUAGAAAAUGAACAUCCAAGUGUUAAAAGGUUGUACAAAAGUACAUCAUAUAAUUGCGGACCAGGCAAAAAAUGUUUUAUGAUGAUUUCACUAGAUGAAUUUUUAAUACGCCGUGCUUAUUUUCAAUCUUUAUCUAAAAACAAGCAGGAUAUUUAUCUUAUGGUACAAAUACUUGCAUUUGAUGGUGGUUUUAUAACAACAAGUAGAUCAAAUAAAAAGCAUAACCAUCAAAAUAUGAGAACUUUUUGGCGAUAUAAUAAUAACAUUUUACUUUGUAAAAAAGUUUAUGAACAUAUGCAUGGUAUUUCUGAAACUCGUAUUAAAAAAUAUUAA